UCCCAGAAUGCUCUGCGGCUCGGUUGUCAACACAGGAGGAGAAGACUCAGACUGUCAAUCGAGAGCGAUUAGGAUUUUAAGAUCUUUUGAAGAGUGCGCCACGUAUAAAAAGAAAAUUGCAUCGAUAACUCAUACGUACGCUUUUUAUACAUAUUUUAAGCGCAGUGCCAAAAUUAUGCAUACAAGGAUAAUAAGGUUGUGGCCACAUGAAUUUCUUCAUAGACCAUGUCAUUGAUCCUAUUUGCAUGCAUUUUUCGGGCAAGGGACGGGCUGCCACUUUCAGCCUCAACAGAUUUUGAACAUAGUACGGAGUUGCAGGUGCGCAAACAGCAGCUGAAGUCAUUAUCAAAAUCACUAACCUUAUGUCCAGAAAGAGGAAUUGUGAAAGGAACCACUCUUAAUAUAUACUUUGCCUCUUUGGAAGGUGUUGCCUUUAUGGUCAUUUGUUCCAGCAGCAUCCCUACUGCAAUGGCUUUUUGUUUCCUGGAAGACAUCAAAUGGGAAUUUUUUUCUUCUUAUAACAACAUUGAAAUUGGAUUGGCUUCAAGGCCAUAUCCAUUCCUAGAAUUUGACAGUGUUAUUCAGAAGAUCAAGCAUCACUAUUGUCACCAUGGGAAGCCAUCCCUACAAGUAAGUCUGGCUGAUGUUGAAGAAGACCUAAGGAGAAAACCAGCAAAAGUUCUGAUGCCAGAGGAUUUGCUUUUUAGUAAUGGAACUAUAAAUGGGCAUAUCCUACACCCUUUAGAAACAUCACAGAAUCAAAAAUUGGGGCCUGUGACAGCUCUUGGCAUACUUUCCCUUGUUCUCAAUAUCAUGUGUGCAGCUUUAAACAUCAUUCGGGCAGUUCAUCUUAUUGAAAAUACAUUUCAGGAUGAUACUGAAGCAUUAUGGAAUGUUGUAUCCUUUCUUUUGGCAUUUUUCAGUUGUGUGUGUCAGUGCUACUUGUAUUUGUUUACAAUAUCUGCAAAGAACCUUCUGACAUUUACUGCACUUGUGCUUGUUGUUCUAUGUAAUAUUUUUUUAUAUGGACCUAGAAAUAUUUGGCAAAUAACCUUUCACAUAGGAGUGGCUUCCUUUUCUACAUAUUUGAUUUUGAUGAGACAACCUCAAGAAAGAAGUAGUGACUGCAAUGUUUGAAAACUGUCUGAUUUUUUAUUUAUUUGACAUCUGAUGCCACAGCAAGCCAAAGCCAAAAGUCCAGAAUUGUGUAAAGAACUAUAUUAUGGAAAUGGAUUUUUAUAAAUGCUGAAUUUUAUAUGAGAAUUAAGCACAUUCUGUGAUUUCCUUGCUUUUAUUAUUAAUGGUUUGUAUGCUGCGCACACAUGUUCAGUGUUAAUAUAUUGUCAAUUGUUCAGGUUAUUUCUUUAACUGUAUAUAGUAUCAGUGACAUACUGACUUUAAAUGAUUUUGGGGAAAAAUAGACACUUCCUCCAACUGACAUGUUUUUCUAGUGUUGUUGUGGUUAAUCCUUCUUUUUUGCUUAGUAAAUUAUUUUAUUUAUUCAUUUAUUUUCUGAAUUUCCAUAUUCUAAUAUAGCAUCACAGUGCACCAGAGUCUUCCCAGCAGUAUUAGGCACAGGUUAGAAGUGAAACUUGGAUCAUACACCAGUCCAUCUGAAGGCACACACAUACACCCUCACUUACUCAUUAAGUAUCAGUUUAAAGAUACUAGUUAACUAAACCUGCAUCCUUUAAAAUGUGAGAGGAGACCCCUGCUGAAAGGUAAGAACAUGCAAACUCCACUGAAAUCUUAGUGAUUGCAAGAUUUAAAAUCUGCACCGUAGAAUUAUGAGGUAGUAGUGCUUACCAUCACAGUAUAAGGCUCAUCAAAUUCCCUUUCAUAUUUACUAAGCUGUGUAGAGCAUAAUUGGUUUUUUAUACAUAUUAGAAACCUUUGAUUAAAGGCUGGCAUCUUCCUUAUCACAUAGGAAUAUGUAGUAGUAUUUUAACUCUUUGGUAUGUGGAGUAUUGGCACUGCAAUACCCAAAAAAUAUUACAUCUUUUGUAAUUUUUGAAGGCAAGGCUAAAUGAGUUGUGUAAUCUUCUUUUGUAACAAACUUUGUUAUGCUUCUGUGGCUGUGAAAGCAUGGGAAUUUUUUAUACGCAACUUUCUGAUUAUACUUUAACAGUUGUAAUUGUUUGUGAUCAUAAGGCAGAAGGGAUCCUUUUGGUAUGUAAUAUUUUUAUUCAAAAAUAAUGCUUUGAAUUGUAUGUACAGUACCAGAUAAUUGUUUCACUUUGCAUAAUGUUGUUUCUCCUGUUUAAUUUUUAGCCUUUUCUGCAUACUUCACUAAAUAAUCAAGAAUUGUAUAUAAUAAUAUUCUAAGACAGUUCAAAAUGUUUAUUUUAACUAAGCCAUCUUCAUUUAAAAUAAAUCCAAUGCAGUGUGCAUAGAAGUAGUUACUGAUUUCCAUAUUGUCAGAUGUUUUAGGUAUUGCUGCCUCUCACACAGCAAACAAACAUUUUACUACAAUAAUCUGAAGUUGAAUUACAACCCUGUUAAAUCUAGCUGAUGUACUGUAUCUGUUAAGUUCCAUUAACUGUCUGGUGAUGGAUAUAGUCUCCUUAUCCCUCCUAUUUUCAAUACCUUUUUCCUCCUUUCCCAGUCAUUUUUCUUCAGCUGUUCUAUGGCCUCAUUAUAUGCUUUGUUAAGUUAAAAUAUACAAACGUUUUGUAUGCACACACAAACUUUAUUACUAUUUUUAUAUCAAAUAAACCAUUAUAUUUAUUUUAACUUAAGGUCACGUUUUGGAAAUAAUUCCAUUAUGUUUGACAUAACGUUUGAUUUAAAAUUUACAUAAUGGAUAUAAAAAUGAUUAAAUACUACUUACUUUCUAUAUAAUUAAAAAAGGUUUCAGUGUGCCAUUUUAAGGAAGUGCAGCAGUUUCUUGUUUUGGCACAAAUCAAGCCUUUAUCAACUUAAUAAUUUGUGAUUAGUAUUGAUACAUAAUGAAGAUUAGCUUUUGUUAUACCUAAAUUAUGCUAAUGUAUUCAAUUUCUAUAUUUUCUGUUUUUCCAAAAAUAAAUAGAAAAGAUAGAUUGUUAUGGUAUAAGAGCAGGGCAAUACAUAUUUUACAAAUCAGGAUAUAGAGCCGAAACCUUUUCAUGAUAUUCCAGUUGAACUAAUGACAGAAAGAAGACAGAUACAGUGUGAACCACACCACAUGAUUCAUUUUUUAAUUUUUAUUAACAAUAGGAAUAUUUACUUUAAGUUAAGUUCAGCAGUUAUAAUGAAGAAGCUAGUGGACACUUGGAAGAUGUAUAAACUUUGCCCCGAUCAGAUUGCUUGCAUUUGUGUCUGGUUUUCAAAAAUUGCUUACAUAAAUUAUAUAGUAAUUUAUUUAUCGAUAUACAUCUGUGUAUUUUGUAAUAUGCUGGAAAAGCAAAAAAUGAAGCAAUGUCAUUUUGAAUUCAUAAGGUAUAAAAAAUCUAAUUAAGCCAGGUUUUCUCUUGAAAUGGUAAAUUGCCUCCGAGCAUAUUUUUCCUGUACAUUCUGGCAGCAUUUUAGUUAAUUGUAAAGCACUGCAAACUCUGUAACAGUGCAAUUAGUAAUAUUGCAGAAAAUAGUAUUUUCAAACUGUAAGGAGUUUGCUCAACAAUGUUAUUUACAAUGAAUAAUUAUAGUAUAAAUAUUAAGGUAUGCUUUGUUGAGGUAUUUCCCUUUAUAUUCAAUUUUCACUCGUGCAAAAUGAAUCACUAAUUGUGAAAAUGUUAUUUUUUUGUAGAAAAUGCAUAUUGUACGGAUACAAAUUGAAAAAAGAAAAAUGAAGAAAUGCAUGUUUAUACUAUACAAGUCUAUGUUUUUUCUACCCUUUUAAAAAUUUUACUAGUGUUAUAUGCAAGUGGCUUUCAUCAUUAGUACAUAGGUAACACAUAAGCAAACAUUAUGUUAAUAUUUUAAUUUAUUACCCAGUUAAUAAAAUAAUGCUAUUAACCUAAUUAAUGCAUGUUAUCCUGAUCUAGCUAAAGUUACCUAGUUGGCCUACAUGCUCUCUUCCUUCACUUUCAGUGGUUUUGGCCAUCCUAUUCUUCUCAUGUCAUUGCUACAUUCAUGUGCUUCUUUACAUCCCUCUCCACCUGACCACUUUAACUGUCAUGGUACCACCUCAGCAUGUUUGUCUUUACUACACGAGCUAUUUUGUGUCAACUCUGGACUUGUCUUCCUUGUCAUCUGUGGAAAUUCAGACAGCUGCUAAGUUUCUGCCAUCUUAGUAUUAACUUUCCUCAAUGUUUCUUCUUCAUUGGUCUAAUCUCACAGCCAUAUAGCAUACAGUACAUCUCACUUAAUAAUCAUUUUUCUGUAGUGUUUCUUUUCAAAACCAGAAAGGCCUCUUUAAAACUUAUGUACAACUUCCAGAAAUUUCAUGUAAGGAAUGCACCUAAUGACAAAAUCCAACCAAGUGUAGUAUUUGGGUCUCUUGCAAAUGAUUGGGUCUCACUAUAGCAUAUUGUAAAGUAAAGGACACAUGAUGAAAAAUGGGAGGAAAUUCAUAGUAUACUCAGUUGUAGAACACAACUGCAGCAUCUGUUACGUAAAAUAUUACUUUUUUGUUCAAUUGCUGAUCCUAGAACUCUUUAAAAAUACAGGCUAAGUUAGGUCCUGGGCCACAUCAAACUUCAUGUGGGUAGUAGAACUUCCAAUAAAGAAUAAUCUGCAGAAGGGUUAUAAAUCAAUGUUUUAAAAAUACAUAUUAAUGCCUAUUUCUUCAAAAGUAUUCUUGUUAGAGUACUUUGUCCAUUUAUACAUUUUGUUACUUGCCUUUGAAAUAUAUAGCUUAUGUUUGUGGUGUCAUAUCUUGUUUAAUCCAUUGAGGUUCUCUAUUAACCAUUUGACUUAAUUUUUUAAGAAGUAAUAAGUGAAGGUUCUUCCCACAAUGAAAAAAGAGAAAAGAAUAUUGGAGACACAACAUUUUCACCCUACAGCCUUCAUCUGGUGUAUACAAAUGUUUAAAUAAUGUAGAACUGGCUGUAAUUUCUUCCGUGGCAUGGAGAAACAUAAUAAAAUAUUUUAAAAAUUAACUAAAAAGAUUACCAAUAUAUAUAUUUAAAAAAACUCAUUCUGGAAGUGUGCUGGCAGCUAAAAACAAUUGCAAAUAAUGUAGAAAAGAUUUUAAUGCACAUGAACCUUUAUUUAUAUCAUAUUUAUAGCAUUGUCUUUCGUAUUUUGAAAAAUCAAAGAAACAAUUUGUUAUAAUUGUAUUUAUUAAAACUAUCCUUUAUGAGGGUCUGCUUUGCUUUUAAAAAUGUUUUCCAGACAAUGAAAGUGGUUUGUCUUCUAACUGAUAUAAAAAUGUUUACCGGACAAUGAAAGUGGUUUGUAUCAUAUUUAUAAAUAUUUUUUUAUGAAAUUAUGGUAUUUGUCUGAUAUAUGGGUGAGUAAAUAUCCCAUGUAAAUGCACUAUUAAGUUAUCUGUAGAUGAACAUAUGCUUAUUUGAUUGGUAUUGAGUAACAUCUCAACAGUAACAUUCUUAAAACAGUAAUUAUAUGUAGUAAAACUCACUAUCAAAUGAUAGUUUAAGUUUUGAGAAGUCUAAAGUUGAUAAUUUUGUUAAUGCAUAAGGGAAUGCAUAGGUAAAACCAAACCCAAAAAUGUAUUGGCUUGGCAAACUUACCAGAUCAAAAUAAAGCAAAUUCUUUUCAUGUGUUUUCAGAUACAGUUUAAUUGUCAGUACUCUAUUUUAUCAGUGAUGAAAGAGAACAUUUUUAUUAAAAAACAUACUUUUGCAACCGUA